AUGCCAAACAAUAUUGUCGUUCUAGGGGCGGGUGUUUCGGGCCUCACAACUGCCUAUCUGUUGUCCAAAGAUCCGACCAACAAACUCACCAUACUAGCAAAGCAUAUGCCCGGCGACUACGAUAUCGAAUACCCAUCUCCGUGGGCUGGUGCCGACUAUUUGCCUUUUGGAAAGGAAGGCAGUAAUCAACGUAAAUGGGAGCGGGCUUCUUGGCCAGCCUUGAAAAAGAUAGCAGAAAAGUUCCCUGAAGCAGGUUUGCAUUUUCGAAACUCUUUGAUCUACAAGCGCAAGAAAGUCCAGGGGCCUGCUUCAAGUGACGGGAGUUCGAAGGCCGUGCAGCCGCAUCCCUGGUAUGCCGACGUCGUGCCAAACUUCAAACUAGUUUCUCAGGACCAAUUGGCACCUGACAUCGACAGUGUUGAAAGUUUCACCUCUAUUUGUAUUAAUACCGCCAUCUAUUUACCAUGGCUGGUUGGCCAAUGCGUCAAAAACGGCGUCAUUUUCAACAGAGCCUUUUUCAAGCAUGUUGCCGAAGCCGCUGGUUCACAUCAUUCGGGGCAAAAAGCAGAUGUUAUAGUUAACUGCACAGGAUUGUCUUCUAAAUUCCUCUACGGAGUUCGUGAUGACAAGCUAUAUCCAGACCGGGGUCAGAUUGUCAUCGUUCGCAAUGAUCCCGGUUCUAUUGUCUCUGUUUCGGAGACUGAAGAUAGGAAAGAGGAAGUCUCAUAUAUCAUGACUCGCGCCGCAGGCGGAGGUACAGUUAUUGGCGGCUCACACCAUAAGCACGACUGGAACGCCUUGCCAGACCCAAACCUCGCAAAUCGUAUCAUGCAACGUGCUAUCGCCAUUUGUCCACAGCUCGUGAAAAAGGGCCAGGGUAUUGAAGGUUUGGAUAUCGUUCGGCACGGCGUUGGAUUGCGGCCUAUGCGCGAUGGUGGGCCUCGGAUUGAGAAAGAUCAAGUGGAAGGUGUGUCGGUCGUUCAUAAUUAUGGCCACGGAGGCUUUGGAUAUCAGGCUUCGUUUGGCUGUGCAGCCAUGGCGACCUCAUUGGUAGAGGAGGUCUUGUCAAACAAAAUGCGGGUUAAACUUUGA